AUGCGUUUUUCUCUUGGCGCGGCUUUGGGCCUAUUGCUUUCAUCUACUUUUGUGGGUGCCCAGACCUAUACCAACUGCAACCCGCUUCAGAAAACCUGCCCUGCGGACCCUGCCUUUGGAAAAGCUAAUCACGCGUUUGCUUUCACCUCGGGUGCUUCCUCUGACUUCUCGGCAACCGGCACUGUCACCUAUGAUUCCACCAAGGGUGCUGCUUUUACGGUCGCUAAGCAAGGUGAUGGUCCUCUGAUCCAGUCGAAUUUCUACAUCAUGUUUGGUAAGGUUGAAUACACUGUUCAAGCUGCCCCGGGAACCGGAAUUGUUAGUAGCGCUGUGCUUCAAUCCGAUGACCUCGAUGAAAUCGACUGGGAGUGGCUUGGAGGUGACAACUCCCAAGUUCAGACCAACUACUUCGGCAAAGGCGAUACCAGCACCUUCAACAGAGGUGCCUUCAGCCCCAACUCCGGAAAUCACGAUGGCUUUCACACCUACUCUGUUGACUGGACGAGCAGCCAGAUCGUGUGGGCUCUUGAUGGCACCACUGUCCGCACUCUUACGCCCGCAACAGCAGAUACCAAUCAGUACCCACAGACGCCGAUGAUGAUCAAGGUUGGGGUGUGGGCUGGUGGUGACCCGAAUAACCCUAAAGGCACUAUUCAAUGGGCUGGCGGCGAAACAGACUACACCAAGGGACCCUUCACCAUGUACAUGAAGUCGAUGACCGUGACGGACUACUCGACCGGUAAUUCAUACAGCUACAGCGACCAAACCGGCACAUGGGGCUCCAUCACUUCCGAUGGGGGCAAGGUUAACGGAAACAAGGCUGACGAGCCGACAACAACCCAGACUGCGCCCGCCGUGACAACCGCUACUGUAAACAUCCCUGUCCCGUGGGAUGGUACUCACAAGGAGACCGCAACAUUUACCACUCCCGACACUUGGCCCUGGGUUGCCACGGACUCUCCGACUGCAGGAUCGACUGAUAGCGUUACUGGAUGGGAAUCUGGAUCUGGUCACAAUACAGCACCAACUGGGGGUUCCUUGAGUGAGCACUCCCCCCCAUCCACUUCCCAGGACUUACAAACUAAAAACGGAUCCCUUUCACAGUCUACCUCCCACUCUACGUCACUGUCUUUGGCUUCUUCGCUGGAUUCAUCUUCCCCCUCUGGUCAUGAGACGUCUUUUAGAAACACCACCCGAGAUGCAACCAGUUCCAGCUUGCGUAGCACUCGAACCUCGCAGAAUCCCACUGCCCAAACCACUGGAUCUACCGCAACCGCCGCUCCUUCGGUCGUUAACACAGCAACUCUGACCAUGGCCCCCGCUGCAAUCGGCAUCCUCUGUGCAUUUUUUGGCAGUGUUUUCAUUUGGGUUUAA